AUGCUACUGAAAGCCGCUCGACUGUGGCAUUGCGUCGUUUUUGGAGCCAGCGUCCAGCGUUCGUCACGAAGAGUAGGUCCAAUAGCGGAAUACUCACCUCGUCCUCGCUGUCCUGAGGACUGGCCUAUAGCCCAGUUCAGCAGGGAAGCGGAGGAACUUUUGCAGCAGCUUGGAGAUCAAGUCUAUGACACCUUUCAGGGUAGGACGGACGUCGACGUUGAGUUUUCUCAAGGCGUUCUGACACUUAGGUUUCCGAACGGAACUUUUGUCUUGAAUACGCAGACUCCGAAUCGACAAAUAUGGCUAUCGUCUCCUCUAAGCGGACCAGCUAGGUACUAUUAUGAUCUUGAUACAGGAAAGUGGCGCAACUCUAGAGACGAUCAUAUGCUUGUGGAUCGCCUUCAGAAAGAUCUCGCCGUGUUUACGGGCUGCAACAUUCAGUUAAAUCUUUAA